UUUGGGUUUAGAGUUGAGAGUCAAAGUGUGUCAGAUGUUCUGUUGGAGAAUAUUUUAGGUUAAAUCAGAUGUUUUAUUAACUUCUUUUUGUUAGGCAACUUCUUCCUCUGACCGUGUCUGAGACGUUUAAGAGGUUCGUCCUUCUGCCCCCGUUUCUCAAACCCACAUAAAGGAAACCUAUGAAGCUUGGAUGAUGGGUAGCAGCAGCAGAGCAGGAUUCCAGAUCAGUGACAAUGACUCCAGUGACUCGGAGGAGCUGCCUAUAAUUGAUUUCUCACAACGUAGGAACACACAGGAAGAACUAAAACAGGACCUGGUGGUUUUGGACGGCUCUGACUCUGAGAUGGAUCACCCGGUCUCAUCCUGUGCACGUCACCCGACGACUGGAGCUGCCGAUGUGCUCAUGGUCAGCAGUGAGAGUGAGGAGGAGGAGGCUUUUAUUCCUCUGUCUGUGAGACUUAGACAGAAACAGGCGAACAUGGCUACAGCCACAGUCAUGCGUGAGAGUCAGACGUCAUCUGCUAAUCAUAAUGGAGAUAAGCCGUCACCUGCCAUGAACACCCAUCAUAUCCCUGUAGUUCAACCAGCAGAUCAUCUUAGGGAAUAUUCAGAUAACAUUAGUCACCAGAGCAGUGAUUAUGACGCAACAUGUGUUUCAAAAGACCCCCUGCCAAGAGGGGAGAAUCUGCGAAAGGGCAAGAGAACCCCUGCGGACAUUGAGGCGGCCAAAGAGGAAGCCCUGAGGAGGAGAGCAGAGCGAGAGAAGCAGCAGGGAGAGCGAGAGAGGCUGAGAGCAGAGAAGAAAGCGCUGGCGGAUGCUGUGAAGGCCAUGAGACCAGAGGAAUGCCUCAAAAACAUGGUGGUGACUGUAGAUCCAGGCCUGCUGCAGCUGGAGGGUGGCGGAGCUCUCCUGACUUCCCUGCAUGCUAUGGGCUGCAGCUGUGCCAUUGAGAAACAGCCUCUCCCCCGCAGUGUCUCCUGGGUCAGACGUGCGCCCUGCCCUCAGACUGGUGAACUGAUGUCUAUUCCCGAAUCACAUACAGUGAUCCAAGUCCCAGUGGAAGACUUCAUCAGCAUGGUUCACAACUACACACAAGAGCAAAGGUGUGGACGAACACCCGACUGCGGCAUAUCCCUGACUUCUUGGACUCUUCGUCUCAUGGCCAGAAACCCAGGCAGAAAUCUCAGUCUGGUGGUGAUUGACAUAGAGAAGUAUUUUAAAAGUCAGAAUGCUAAGAGCCGUCAGAAGUUCCGUGAUGCGGUGCUGGGUGAUGGCGGCGUGAAAAAGAGGAAGCGGAAAGAUGCGGAGGAGCAUCCCAGUGUGUCUCGUGUAGAGAUGGAGGAGGCUUUAGUUGACCUGCAGCUGCACACUGGGGUCCAGGUCCUCUUUCACUCGACCUGGAAUGGCUUCACUGAUUAUGUUACUAUGUCAACCAAGGCAGUAGCUGAAGCACCAUUCAAGCGGGAGCGGGAGAAGACAGGCUUUAGUUUUUGUCUGGAGAGUGAGUGGGCAGGUGGUCAGAAGGUGGACCGGACAGGAAAAGGCCUUCUGCAGGUGUGGAAAAGGCAGAUCCAGCAGCUGAACCGGGUCAGCCCAGACAUAGCCAGCGCUAUACUAAAUGCAUACCCCUCCCCUCAGCUUCUUAUUCAGGCAUACCAUCAGUGCAAAUCGGAGCAUGAAAAAGUCACACUGCUGUCAGACGUGCUGAUUCGCCGGGGGGAGGGGGUGACGUCAACGACCCGUAGGGUUGGACCAGAGCUGUCCAAAAGACUCUUUCUGCUGUUGACCUCAGCAGACCCCCAGCGGACUCUUGAUUCCAUGGUGUAAAUAUAUGUGUUUUUUUAUGGAA